CUCGGACUAGCCAUGGGCAGCCCAGGUGAAUAUGGCUGCUCCGUGGAGGAACUACGAACGUUAAUGGAAUAUCGUGGCGCAGAGGCUCGUGAAAAAAUUGAUACAGAUUAUUCAGGUAUUGAAGGACUUUGCAAAAGGUUGAAAACCGAUUCGGCGAACGGUUUACCGCAAAAUAAUGAUGAAUUGGACAGGAGGCGAGCAGUUUUCGGCGCUAAUGAAAUACCACCUCACCCGCCCAAAUCAUUUCUUCAGUUGGUUUGGGAGGCUCUUCAGGACGUUACACUUAUAAUUCUGCUUGUAAGCGCAAUUGUUUCAUUGGCUUUAUCAUUUUACAGUCCGCCAAACGAUGGUACAGGUUCUGCAGAUCCAUCUGAACAUGAAGCUGGCUGGAUUGAAGGUGUUGCUAUAUUAAUUUCAGUCGUUGUUGUGGUACUUGUCACAGCGCUGAACGAUUAUACAAAAGAACGUCAAUUCAGAGGUUUGCAAGCAAAAAUCGAAACUGAACAUAAAUUUGCCGUAAUCAGAGGCGGCAAUCAAAUACAGAUCGUUGUUAAUGAGCUCGUUGUUGGUGAUAUCGCCCAAAUCAAAUACGGCGAUCUAUUACCUUCGGACGGUAUUUUGGUGCAAAGCAAUGAUCUGAAAAUUGAUGAAUCAUCGUUGACCGGUGAAUCGGAUUUAAUUCGUAAGAGUCCUGAGCACGAUCCGAUGCUUUUGUCAGGUACACACGUAAUGGAAGGCAGUGGCAAAAUGUUGGUGACCGCAGUUGGUGUUAAUUCACAGACCGGUAUCAUCAUGACAUUAUUGGGUGCAGCUAAAUCGGCUGUCGAAGAGGAGCGCAAAGCAGCGAAACGUGAAGGUGGAGUGGUUACGGCGUCUGGAGUUGAGGACGGCACAGCGCAAGCGUUACUCACUGAUCAUGUAAAAGUAGAUGGAUUAACUGAAGGUAGCAAUGGUGGAGUGAGCAGUACUGGGGAUGAGUCAAAAGAGGAAGGCGAAGGGAAGAAGGAACGCUCUGUUUUACAGGCUAAGCUUACGCGUUUGGCUAUUCAAAUCGGUUAUGCAGGAUCGUUUGUUGCCGGCUGUACGGUGCUGAUAUUGGUGGUGCGAUUCUCGAUAAGUCGUUAUGUGAUCGAGGAGAAGGCGUUCAGUCUAGCCGACUUUCAACAUUUCAUUAACUUUCUUAUCAUUGGCGUUACUGUGUUGGUCGUGGCCGUUCCAGAAGGACUGCCUCUAGCUGUCACUUUAUCACUGGCAUACUCAGUGAAGAAGAUGAUGGUCGAUAACAAUUUGGUUCGACAUCUGGAUGCAUGUGAAACAAUGGGUAAUGCAACAAGCAUUUGUUCGGACAAAACCGGAACAUUGACCACAAAUCGUAUGACUGUUGUCCAGUCCUAUAUUAAUGAAGUGCAUUAUAAAGAUACACCAAAAUUCGAAACACUAAAUAAAGAAACACGGGAUUUGAUGGUAAAUUUGAUCUCAAUCAAUAGCAGUUACGCAUCUCAGGUGGUACCAUCAAAACAGCCUGGUGGACAGCUGACCCAGUUAGGCAAUAAGACCGAAUGCGCUCUACUGGGUUUUUUGGUUUCACUUGGGCAAAGCUAUCAAACCAUACGUGAUAAAUACCCAGAAGAAAGCAUCUUCAAGGUGUAUACAUUCAAUUCGGUUCGUAAAUCGAUGUCGACUGUUAUUGAGCUGAAAGAUUCAGCGCGUGGUGGCUAUCGAGUGUUCAGUAAGGGUGCAUCAGAAAUUAUUUUGAAGAAAUGUAAAUGGUUUAUGGGCAAAGAUGGUGUGCUGACAAAAUUCACUCAGAAAGAUCAGGAACGUUUAGUGAGUAAUGUAAUUGAGCCGAUGGCUUCAGAUGGUCUGCGCACCAUUUGUCUUGCAUAUAAAGAUUAUGUGCCUGGUGGAAGUGUGAAAGAAAAUGAGGUUUCGUUUGUCGGCGAAAUAGAUUGGGAUAAUGAGGAUGCGAUCGUGAAUGAUUUAACAGCCCUCGCCAUCGUUGGUAUACAAGAUCCAGUUCGACAAGAAGUGCCUGAAGCAAUAGCAAAAUGCCAACGUGCCGGUAUAACCGUGCGAAUGGUAACUGGCGAUAACAUUAAUACGGCACGUUCAAUAGCAACAUCAUGUGGUAUUCUACGACCCGGUGAAGAUUUCAUCGCAUUGGAAGGAAAAGAUUUCAACGCUAGAAUUCGUAACGAAAAGGGUGAGGUGAGUCAAGAGAAGUUGGAUCUGAUCUGGCCAAAGCUACGUGUACUGGCAAGAGCGCAACCGACCGAUAAAUACACUCUUGUAAAGGGUAUUAUCGAUAGUCGCGUCACUGAUAAUCGCGAGGUGGUUGCGGUAACUGGUGAUGGUACGAAUGAUGGUCCAGCGCUCAAGAAAGCAGAUGUCGGCUUCGCGAUGGGUAUCGCGGGUACGGAUGUAGCUAAAGAAGCAUCAGAUAUUAUUCUUACAGAUGAUAAUUUCACUUCGAUUGUUAAGGCGGUAAUGUGGGGUCGAAAUGUAUAUGAUUCAAUUGCGAAAUUUCUUCAAUUUCAAUUGACCGUUAAUGUGGUUGCGGUUGUUGUUGCAUUUGUUGGUGCAUGCGCCAUUCAAGAUACGCCUUUGAAAGCGGUGCAAAUGCUGUGGGUGAAUUUGAUAAUGGAUACGCUGGCGUCGUUGGCGUUAGCGACCGAAAUGCCAACCGAAGAACUGUUGAAGCGUAAGCCGUAUGGUCGUACAAGUCCGCUGAUAUCGCGAACGAUGAGCAAAAAUAUUCUCGGACACGCCUUCUAUCAACUGCUCAUUCUUUUUGCACUUAUUUUUGCUGGUGAGAGAUUCUUUGAGAUAGAGAGUGGGCGUUGGGCACCACUGCAUUCGCCUCCAUCCGAGCAUUUCACGAUUGUUUUUAACACGUUCGUCAUGAUGACAUUAUUCAACGAAAUUAAUGCGCGUAAAAUCCACGGAGAACGCAACAUUUUUCAAGGACUGUUCUCGAAUCCGAUUUAUUAUGUAAUAUGGAUUUCGACAAUGGUUUCGCAAGUACUUAUCGUGCAAUUUGGUGGUCGUUGGUUCUCGACGGCUGCGUUGAAUCUGGAGCAAUGGUUGUGGUGUUUGGCGUUCGGUGUAGGCGUUUUACUAUGGGGACAGAUAGUAACAACAAUACCAACAUCUGGCCUACCGAAGAAUUUAACGAUCGGUGGUGGUGAUGUGGCGUCAACGGAGAAUAUUCUCAGCGGUGAAUAUGCGGAUCCGGAAACGCAUGAGCGGCGAUCAGGACAAAUAUUAUGGAUCAGGGGCUUAACACGACUGCAAACACAGGUAGGCGAAUGCUUCUUUCAUUUAGCUGCAGCACAUUUCAGCAAUAAUAUAUUGUUGUACACAUUGGUUCAUAAUAGUGUUAAUAAUGAAAAUCUUUAUUAUUCAUUUGACGAUCAUCAUCGUGAUGUUUGUUACAAUAAUAAUUCUAAUAAUGAUGAUGAUCACAACAACGACGAUGAGACAGACGUAUCCGUUUUCAUAGAUGAACAGUUAGUUCAUCGUUUGAACAUGAUUGCUGAGUAUGUUCAACAGGCUGUGUUAACAGCGCAGUGCGGCACGGCAUAG